GGCCGGGAGGACUGACCUGGGACCGCCGGCCCUGCGUUGGCGCUGGUCCGGUGGGGACGGCCGCGCUCGGGAGACGGUGGCGUUCGGUCCCAAAGACAGUGCCCGAGGGUCUGCGACCUUCCGGGACUCCGAGAUGGCGUUUUUCUCCUUCGAGGACGUUUCAGUAAUGACAGUGACGCCGGAACUUCAAGACUGUCAGAACCGGAGCGGAUCUUAGAGGUUGCCUGGUGUGAGUCUUUUCGUCCACGACACUCGCCAGACAUUUAAGGAACACCCCCUGGGGGCCGAGCGCUGGGAGACGGUCGGUAGUGAGGGGGACUGGAUGCCGACUUGGAGGAGCCGGUGCAGGGGGGAGAGACAGAGGUGUCAACAGUGGCUGCGGCGCGGAGCCUGUUUUUAUCAGAGGCGUGCGCUGCGGGCUCCGGGAGCCCGGGGACCAGGCGCCUGUCCCGGUUGUACUUGGGGCGGGCUUCCUGGAGGAAGGACUGCACGGGAGGAAUGAGUUCAUCAGACUCCCUAGGCGGCAGGUGGUUGGAACAGCAUGUGCAAGGGCCUGGAAACAUGAGCACCCACUGCUGGGUGGUGGAAUUGCAAGUUUGGGAUGGCUGGAGUGAGGCGUGUGUGGCAGGGGUACAUGUCAUUCUCCUUAUUCUGUCAUCUUUCAUGGCAGUCUGUCAAGUUGGAGCCUUCCCUUAACGCCUUCACAUUCAGUUGGAUGUUAAAAUUGCUUUGCUUCUUUUAAAAUGUUGCUCAUAUUUGACCUCUCGUUCCCAUCUGCAUUCUCAUAACUUUUAUUAAUGCAGCCUCAACAGUUUUACUAGCACUAAUGCUUCUGCACUUUAUACUUCCAUAUUGUCCAAGAGCAGAGCUAUCUUUUUUCUUUUUGCUUUUGCUGAGGAAGAUUAGCCCUGAGCUAACAUUUGUGCCAGUCUUCCUCCACUUUAUUUGUGGGUCACUGCCACAGCAUGGCUGACAGUGGUGUAUGUUCGCCAGGGAUCCUAACCUGUGAACCCUGGCCACCCCUCCGAACGUAACCAGUAUGCCAUGGGGCAACCCCAGAGCCAUCUUUUUAAAAGGCAUCUUGUGUCACUUUUCUGCUUUAAAAUCUUUGGUAGGUUCCCAUUACUCAAUGAAAUUAAGUCCAAACUCUUUAGCUUAGUGUGCGAUAAGGCCUUUCUGCAUCUCCUCUUAAUCCAUCCUAUUAUCCCCAUUUGCUGCCACACCCCUCCUCCCUCCCAGACCCUUCCUGCCAGCCUGUGUGAAUGCUCCUCAUUCUAAAGCCAGCUGUACUUCCUCAUCUUCAGUGCCAUUUCCACUCCACCUUCAACUUGAUGAAUCAUUCAUUCAUCCUUCAGUAUCCAGCUCAAAUGUUACCUGUUCUGUAGCCACAUUCUUUGACAGCUUUAGAAUAAAUGUUACAUAUUGUAUUCCCUGACCUUCUAAUAAUUUAUUACCAUUUAUUUAUCUUUGCUGUGAAUUUAGUCCUUGCUAUAGCAGGCAUUACUUACCAGAUUACUACGUUAGCACAAUAGUAAAUGACAUAAUAAAAACCUAAAAACGCACGGACAGCAGAAGGUAAGUAGUUUUAUGUGUGUAAACCACUGUUUAGAUGGUAUUAGUCUCAAAUACUGCCUGACAAUAAAUAGGGCCCAUGGAAUUUUCAGCCAGCCAGCAGCCAACACUCAAAGGCACAAGGUGCCUGUCUUUGUGUGUUGCCGCUGUGUACAUGUUUACGCAGGUUAAUGCAAGUGGUGCUUUGUUUCCUUCUUUGUCUUUGUUGGCUUUGUAGUUUGUGGUGGAGAACUUGUCUGUAUCUUUAAUUAAUCCUAUCCAAUGAAUACCAGCAUGAUUUUUUAGUAAAAAGACCCCAGCAAGACAGUGUUCGUGGUAUGAAUUUUGCAGCUAAAUUAUUCGUGUCUCUGCUCUGUGUGACAUGACUCUUUGGGACGGCUAAUUGAAGCUUCAUUUAGUUCACGAGAACUUAUAGAAAUGCUGGCAAUUUCAAGGAACCAAAAGUUGUUACAGGCUGGAGAGGAAAACCAGGUCCUGGAGUUGUUAAUUCACAGAGAUGGAGAAUUUCAAGAACUAAUGAAAUUGGCACUUAAUCAGGGAAAAAUCCAUCAUGAAAUGCAAGUUUUAGAAAAAGAAGUAGAGAAAAGAGACAGUGAUAUUCAGCAACUACAAAAACAGCUAAAGGAAGCAGAACAAAUACUGGCAACAGCUGUUUACCAAGCAAAAGAAAAACUCAAAUCGAUAGAAAAAGCAAGAAAAGGUGCUAUCUCCUCUGAAGAAAUUAUUAAGUAUGCACAUAGGAUUAGCGCAAGUAAUGCUGUGUGUGCCCCACUGACGUGGGUUCCAGGGGACCCAAGGAGACCAUACCCAACUGAUUUAGAGAUGAGAAGUGGAUUAUUGGGUCAAAUGAACAAUCCUUCCACUAAUGGUGUGAAUGGUCAUUUACCAGGGGACGCUCUUGCAGCAGGCAGAUUGCCAGAUGUCCUUGCUCCACAGUAUCCAUGGCAGUCAAAUGAGAUGUCGAUGAACAUGUUACCACCCAAUCACAGUAAUGACUUUCUGUUGGAACCUCCAGGGCACAAUAAAGAAAAUGAAGAUGACGUAGAGGUUAUGUCAACAGACUCCUCGAGCAGUAGCAGUGACUCUGAUUAAAAAAACAUAUAAGAUAAAAAGCAUACAGAAUUGAGUACUGUAGAAUUCUGUUUCUUAAACGAUGGCAAACCUCUGAAAAUAGCCAGGUAAUAUUGGCUAUAGUGGAAUUGUGCAGCCCAUUAAAAUCACAGUGGACUUUCUUUUUAAAGCCAAAAAUCAUGGUUUCAGUUCUAAACCACUAGGUGAAUAUGUAAAGAAAAAUCAAAAUUUACUGUUGGAAAAAAAGAUUAUUCAGUUUGGUGCCAUCUCACCCUGUUCUUGUCCAGUUGUGUUGGAUUUGUACGUAGUUCUGGAAGUAAGAUUGGAGGGAAAUGACCAUGUACAUAUCACUAAUAGGCCUCCUGGAAUUAUUUAGAAAAGCAUUACAAAAAGGCAGCGGCUCACUGAAUGUACGUCAUAUCUCAAAAUAACAAAAACCCUCAUUUGAAAGUGAAGGCUGUUAACUUCUGUCAUAGAAACAGGAGAAAUUGUCUCAAUUUGUACUAUUUGUAAUUAUUGUAAUUUUUGUAAAUAAAGUCACUUUUGUUUGUA